UAUUAUUAUAACCAAUUAUUAUUGCACAUCUCCGUAGGAUACUUCGAGUGCUUCCUGAUAAUAUUCGAAUGAAAUUUGGUUCACAAAUGAAGAAAAAAAUGCAUAAAUAAAUUACGAGACGUUCAGCGAUUGUUCCACACUGUAAAGAUGACCAAAACCACAUGAAUACACAAGCAAGGCCGCUAGAAGAAAACAAAGAGACCAAAAUACACAGCUUUGGCAGCAAACGGGACUCUUCUGUCUUGGGAAUGGACGAGCCUAUUGCCGAAGAUUCCAACACCAGUUCGAAUUCCUUUCAUCUAAAACUAGUUAAUUCCGAGGAAGUGAUAACAGAGUCUCCCUACGCACUUCAAGGAAUCAAACUGAUUCCCGAGGGGGGAUGCCGGGGAUGGGCAAUUUGUGCCUGUGCUUUCUUGUCCCAGUUCGUUGUGCUUGGUAUUCAUAAUUCUUUUGGGAUCCUGUUUGCGUUUCUUCUUGAAGAGUUUGGGAAGAGUAAAGCUGCGACAGCUUGGGUAGGAUCAGCUUCUGUUGGCAUUCUCUAUUUAUUUGGACCAAUCACAUGCGGCUUGAAUGAGCGAAUUGGAUUCCGUACCAUCUCAUUCAUUGGAGGUGUCCUUUGCGGGCUUGGAAUGCUUCUGACGUCAUUUGUCACAGAAUUGCCCAAGAUUUACGUCACGUAUAGCCUACUUUGGGGCAUCGGCUCGAGUCUGUGUUACUUCUCAACUCUAACUGUUCCCGGUGAAUACUUCUGUCGGAGAUUAUCACUCGUCAACGGGAUCAUUACAGCAGGAAGCGGAUUGGGCACACUCACCUUCGGUCCUCUUCUUCAAUACCUUCUCAAACACUACGGUCUGGCAACGACUCUUCGCAUUCUAGCUGGCGUUAUGUGUGUCUUAAUGGCGGCAUCUUUGUCCUAUAAACCAUUCCGGUCGCCUCUUGAGCAGCUUUACGACAUCAAAAGAGUCCAUGGUCCAUUUCUGGACUUAAGGGUCUGGAAGAACAAAGCAUUCGUUAUUUAUACCGUGGCAGUGUCGCUGUUCAUGUUGGGUUACUUUAUUCCUUACGUACACAUUGUCAGUCUCGUUGUCGGUCUUGGGAUCUCUUCUUCUAAAGGUGCGAUGCUAAUCGGCUUCAUGUCCAUCUCCUCGACAGUAAGUCGUAUCGUUUUCGGCAGGUUUUCGGAUCAUCCUCGGGUCAAUAGAUUAUAUAUGACCCAAUUCGCGAUCAUUGGUUUUGGGAUAACGACCACGCUUUGUCCAAUCGCCAAAACGUACUCGGCAUUCGUGACCGUUAUGGUCAUGUUGGGCCUAUUUGAUGGCAUGUACGUAGUACUUAUCGCUGUUGUUGUGACAGACAUUGUUGGAGUCCACAAGCUAAAUCAAGCUCUUGGUAACCUGUAUGGAGUAAUAUCAAUAACCAUUACUGUUGGUCCCCCCUUCGCAGGUCUUUUAUACGACGUACUCCUAUCUUACAACACUGCUUUCUACAUCUGUGGGGCCACCACAGCACUAUCCUCUUUCCUGAUGUUUUUUAUUCCCUGGCUUACGUCGAAUGAAAAGGGAGGAAGAUUCCAGCGAGAUUCUGUAGACAGUCGUAUGGAUUCUCUCCUGACUUCUGCCAUCAUAUCACGAACCUCAAGAUCGAUAAGUUUUAGAACAGAAGGUGUGGUUGAAGAAGAUUCAGGGAUUGACAAAGAACAAGAAUGCAAAAGCAGCUCCUCCAAAGACGCUUCCGAAGAACGAGUUAACGAUUUAGAUGAAGAAUAUCUGUACAAUUACGACGUAAAUGACGAGGAAACUAGCGAAUUACACCUCUCGGGGGCCGAUAUUUCUUUAAACACGUCCAAAAACACAAGCUUUAAUUCGUCCAUGUCUCACCGUGGGUCAAUCACAAGGGUGCUCCUGUCGCAACAGCUUGGGGCUCUUAGUUCUAGAAGCGGAAGUCCUAUAAGUAGUGCGAGACUAGACUAUUCCAGCAACAGUAACGGUUCGGGGUCACAUUCCUCGCAAAGUCAUUCUCCCAGCACCCAAAAAUCACUCCCCAUCAAAAAUGAAAAGUAUGACGAGAGAAUUGAAAAAGUGGCUAUAGUUGAGUCUGUGGUUUGA